ACCAACUUCGUUACUCUAUCGAUAAGUCCUAAUUAGCUUGAGAGUACUUUUGUUAAUGUUGUAAUCAUUAGCUUAAUCUUUGACUUGUUCAAUAUCUUAAGUUAUUAGGGUUGGAGUUUUUAUUAGCAGACAUUCAGGAAUAGAAUGAUGGAUUGGGGUUGGCCAUUUGGGAUUGAAAACAAUGUGAUUGAAUGAAUUGCCUCGCUACAUGAAAAGAUUGAUGUCUUUACAUUUGGAUCCACUUCUCACUAUUUUAAAACCACCGUUAUAUUUAUUUCGAUCGAUGAGGAUUAUCAUCUUUAAUUUAGUGCAUGACUUACUCAAUUCAUAUAGUUUGUUGACAUUAUGCAAAUUUUGUUUCUGUACUUAUGGCAUUUGUCGUUUUUGCUUUGAAUUUUUACUCAAUGUGGAAAUUACAAUAUCAGUUGGUUGUUCCUCUUGGUUCCCCUUUUCAAAUGCAAACCCUCAGAUUGAUCGAGGGUUCAUAUAUGUCCAAGAAUCUCCAGUCUGAUUUGCUAACAGAUUUGGAAUAGAAACCUUUCGAUGAUCUUAAAUAUUAUACCUUCAACUCAAUUUAAUAUAAUGAGUCCUAUCGGGCGCAGUCCAUAUAAUAUGUGCAUGAUAACGCCGAAUAACUUCGACACAACCUUGAAGAAUUUAGUUUUAAACUUUCUGUGAGACAUCGUCAACCACCGGCAUUACACUUCUAACAAUGCCACAGGCGCAAAAUGCGUCUGGACCACUGCGUCUCUCGCUAUGCUGCUAAAUCUGCCACACAAGGAUGUUGUGGGCCCCACCAGGCUUGUCAGAGACAGUGGUUUAUGCGAUGGUUCAUUUGGUGUCUCAAAACUUGAACUUUCGUAAAUAAUUAGAGUUACUGCCUACAAGAAGUUGUGUAGAUUCAUGCUGAAAAUAUUUCCUUUUAAGGAUGAUUUUGUGCAUAUCCCAACUUGGCUGGCCAUUAAAAGUUCAAGUGGAUAUGCAUAAGAAGUAAUGAUGCCAAAUUAAAUGCAUUUACUUGUUAAGGUAAGCAGGAUAAAAAGGUAGAAACCUUUUGGGCUAUGUGCAUCCAUGCCAUCUGUAUCUUGCUGUCUCUGUAUAUGAAUAUUUGUUUGCAUCCUUCUGUUUGAGGGAUUAGGAAGAAAUUUUAAUGGGAUACCAUAAACAGUCCAUCUAACUUAGGAACCUGAAGCAUUGUGAAUUGGCUAGGAUAUCGUUCACUAAUUUUUGUGGUAUUACUCGCUGCCUUCUGCCGAAUAAUCGCCUACGUGACCAAUUGAAUUUGGUUUGACAUCAUAAUGAAAGAAAAAUAAAAACAAUUAAAGAAACAGUAGGUACAUAUUUUAUCUUAAUUCUUGCUAUCAUGACAUACUUGUUGACCGUUUAAGAUCAUGCACAUUGGGCUUUUUGUGAAUGUCCAUUCUUAUCAUGUUGGCCUUGUUUGUAGUAAUAGAACGACAAAGGGGUGUCCACUUUGUUAUCCAAGCGUUACUACUAGUUUGGAAACUGAAGGCUGCCUAUCUGUCGGGCAGAUGAUCGAUCACGUUUAACCGUUUAGUGUAUUUGGUCUCUUUAUAUGCUGCAAAUCCAAAUGAAUUUCCCUCAGCUUUGAGAUUUCGGGAUUGAAUCUUGUGACAUAUUUGGUUGCUUUAUACGAUGCAAAUCCAACAGGAUUGCGUUCACAUUCUAGAAUAUUUUGGAAGUUACUUUAGGUUCUUACUUCUGAUAGUGUGAAAUGUGAACCAAAUGCAACAAAAAUAAAACAAAAUAUGAGAAAGAAGUAGGGGAAUCAAAUCCUAAUCCAGCUUAUAUUGAGAAACGGGGAAGGAAAAUAAUCUCCUGAUAUGGUUAGUUGUUUCCUGGAUGUAAAUGUGCUUUGUCCUUUUAUGGACACGGUGGACAUAUCUGUCAAUUGCUCUAAAUAGAGAUGAUAAACCAGGUUAAAUACAUUUUUGUUUCAUGUGUUGUGUGAUACUUGAGCGUCUGUAGAAGGGAGAAACAACCUUUCUUCUCCAGGUGAAUAAAAGUAAUGGACUUUAGUUAUGGAGGUACCAGUAGUGGCUCAGGUGAUGAACAAAAGGCCUCGAAUAGUCGGAAAGGGAAGCACUAUCACCGCCACACUACCUAUCAGAUACAACAGCUUGAGGGGUUCUUCAAGGAAUGCCCACAUCCAGAUGAUAACCAGCGGCGUCAACUGAGUAGGGAUCUGGGGCUUGAGCCUAAGCAGAUCAAGUUUUGGUUUCAAAACAAGAGGACUCAGACAAAGGCUCAGAGUGAGAGAGCUGAUAAUAGUACUCUCAGGUUAGAGAAUGAAAAAAUCCAAUGCGAGAACCUUGCAAUCAGAGAGGCUAUUAAAAAUGUUAUAUGCCCAGCUUGCGGGGGCCCACCAUUCGGCGAGGAAGAACGAAAACUUAAUCUUCAGAAGCUAAAGAUGGAAAAUUCCCAGUUAAAACAGGAGUAUGAAAGGUUAUCCCACAUUAUUUCCAACUACCUAGGAAAACCAGUUGGACAUAUUCAAUCGUUGUCACGCUCAACGGACUUGCAAAGUGAAGGUUUCACAGGUCAAGGGAUGCUGGGAGGCCCGUCUGUUGACCUUGAUUUUGGAAAUUCUAGCAAUUCCUUCAUGCAAUACUCACUAAAUGGAAUUGAAGAGAUGGAAAAAUCGGUCAUGAUUGAGACAGCUGUUGGUGCCAUGGGUGAACUGCUGAGGCUUUUGCGAGUGAACGAACCUGUGUGGGUAAAGUCUUCAGCCGAUGGGAGAUAUAUUCUUCAUCGCGACAGCUAUAACAAGCUUUUCCCAAAGCUUAAUCACUUCACAAAUUCCACUGCAAGGAUAGAGUCGUCAAAAGAUUCAGGCGUGGUGGCGAUGAGCGCAAUACACUUGGUCGACAUGUUUCUGGAUUCGAAUAAAUGGGGAGAUCUUUUUCCUACAACAGUUACAAAAGCAAGGACAAUUGAAGUAAUUGAUACCAGGAUGUUGGGAGAGCAAGCUGGUGCCUUGCAGCUGAUGUACGAACAAAUGCAUAUUUUGUCCCCUCUUGUGUCACCUCGAGAAUUCUACUUCCUUCGAUAUUGCAGAGAAGUUGAGCCAGGCAUGUGGGUGAUGGUUGAUGUGUCGUAUGAUUGGUCAAGAGACGACUGUCAUGACUCUUCACUCCGAUCGUGGCGGCUUCCUUCUGGGUGCAUUAUUCAAGAUAAGUCCAAUGGAUGCUCUGAGGUUACAUGGGUGGAACAUGUGGAAGUGGACGAUAAGUCAAAAACUCAUCGUCUCUAUAGAGAUCUAGUAUUUGGUAGUUUGGCUUAUGGAGCCAAACGAUGGAUUAUUACUCUCCAGAGGAUGACCGAGAGAUUGGCGUACUCAUCGGCAGAGACAAGUCCACCUAGUCAUGAAUUUGCAGGGGUAAUUGACAUGCCUGAAGGAAGGAGAAGUGUAAUGGAUUUAUCACACAGAAUGGUGAAGAAUUUUUGGGCGAUGUUGAACAUGUCAAGUAAACUAGACUUUCCUCAUUGGUCUGAAAUGAACAACAGUGGAGUUAGUGUCUCUGUUCGCCAGAGCAAUGGACCAGGCCAACCCAGUGGCAUGAUUGUCAGUGCUGCGUCCUCUCUAUGGCUCCCUCUUUCAUGCGAGACUCUCUUUAAUUUCUUCCAAGAUGAAAAAACAAGAUCCCAGUGGGAUGUGCUCUCUGAUGGAAACCCAGUGCAUGAGAUUGCACAUAUUGCUUGUGGAACUCAUCCAGGAAACUGUAUAUCCAUUAUCCAGCCAUUCGCCCCCAACGACAGCAACAUGCUGGUGCUUCAGGAGAGCUGCAUAGAUCCUCUAGGAUCACUUAUAGUCUAUGCCCCCAUAGACUUCCCAGCCAUCAAGUCAGCCAUAAACGGCGAGGACUCCACCAACAUUCCCAUUCUUCCGUCGGGUUUCAUAAUAUCAAGUGAUGGUUGUUGUCCUGACAAAAGAACCGGCGGAGCUUCAACGAGCAGCACCAGAAACACGAGGUCUGGCGGUUCGCUUCUUACGGUGGCUUUCCAGAUACUGGUGUGCACCCUCUCACAUUCAAAGCAGAUGGACAUGGAUUCCGUGACUACUGUCAAUACCCUUGUUAGCUCUACUGUCCAGAAAAUAAAGGCUGCCUUGGAUUGCUCUGGUGUGGAUCCAUGAUCUGGUGGGUUCGGCUGUUUUUGGUGGAUUUUUUCCAGUUUAUUUCUGUUGCUUUUGGUUCAAAAUAAAACUACAGGGAACAACAUUAUGUGUUUUUGAAAUUUUAUGUGUGUUUAAACUGAUUUUGUUGAACUUAUUUGUUGCCUGAAUAAGCUUUAUGUACUAUCAUUUGAUUUAAGAACCAAACUUCUUGAAAGUUCUUUUCAACUUUAGUUCAAGGCUUG